UCCGUGUUGGAGAGACUACGUGUUAAAUAAAUGGUUUGUUUUUAGCUUAGCCUUACACUUCGUCAUAAUAUACAUAUAUAAAAGAUGUCUCAACGGGAUCCUUUUCCCUUUCCAAAAUUUGAGAACGACAAUACUUUUACUGGGGUCAAGCAGCAACAGAGAGGACGAUUUGACAUACCAACUCACCUUGCCCAAAAUGAGGAACCGUGGAGUCGCCUUCAUGACGCCGCAACCUUGACCAGCGCCCGUCGGAACGUGUUGCACUACGACCAGCAGGCCCCGCAGGACAGCCUCGACUUUAAUUUGAAAUCCGUCUAUGACCACCACAAAGAGUUCCUCAGGACCAAGCCCCAGAGUUUAUACCAGAGGGAGACUGUCUAUGAGGACCAUGGGAGGAAACUGAAAAACUGUGAGAAGCAGGAUGUCCCACAAAGUGAUCUGGAGAAAGACAUCAGAGUGUGGGUCAACCCCCAGAGGUGCUCCAUUCACAAUAUUAAGGGAAGCAUAGAGUCCCAUCACAAUGCCUCUACUAACAGGGGCUACUCCAGGAAGCAUGAUGGCGGUUUCUACUCACCCUAAAGCCUCCAGUUACCCCACUGUCCCCUAUGGCUACGAACAACUAAGACUUCAAGUAAUAAAAGCAAAUCUUU